AUGGAGACGGAUACCCACGCGUACAACGUUGAUUUGAAUGGUGUCUUGACGGUGUUAUCCCUGCCGUAUUUCAGGAGAUUUAAUUCGUACAGACUGGAGAAGGCACGGAAGAGGAGGGCUGCCAUCAUUAUACAGAAAUGGUACCGCGGAUGGAAGGUUCGGAAGAAAAUGAAGGAUCUUAAAAAGAAGGUGGCACUUCCUCGUAGUCGACCAACUAGCGCUUUGAGUCGCUCCUUCACUGUACCAGCUGGCUUGGAAUUGGUCCCAGCAGAGACAACGGACAAGCUGGAUGAAAGGCGAGAAAAACGAGUAACUCGUAGUCGGCCAUGGAGCGAAAUAGCACCAAUAGCCCCAAGGAACAGAAAUGCAAAGAUAGAUAUAUUCUACGAGUCUUGCCUCCCAAAGGGGAGAUGGAUCAACCUAAACCCAAAGCAGUAUGUUUACAAUCACAAACAUGGACAGGUAUUUGAAGUAAGGACUGUAACGACGCGCGGACAGGGUCGGCCGAAGACUGCUACGGUACCAGCGCCCAAUACUUGGCUCUGGGAAAAUGAGUUCCGUAUUUGGCUGAUGGAGAAAGUGCGGGAACGAGAGGAGGGGGAGGAAAGCACAGGGCUGAAACUAUCACGCUCCACGAAAGACCUGAAUGGGUUAAUGAAAGAUAUUUCCAAAAAGGGGCCACACCAGGACCUUUUCGAGAGAUUUAAUUCGUACAGACUGGAGAAGGCACGGAAGAGGAGGGCUGCCAUCAUUAUACAGAAAUGGUACCGCGGAUGGAAGGUUCGGAAGAAAAUGAAGGAUCUUAAAAAGAAGGCCCUUCAUCAGUUCCACUCCUCCUGGCACACCUUCGUUAAGGACUACAAGUCUCUGUUAACGCGGAUACAGAAGCGUUUUGGGGAAGAGAAAAUUCAGACGCCUUUCAGCUCUCAGAGAAUGGAGGAAUUUAUGGAGAAAAAGAAGCGUUAUGAAGACAUCUUCUACAAGGUUGCUGACGGUUCUAAGCUGCCGCGUGAGAAGCUGAUGGAUUUCUUUAAAGCGUGCCAUCUUUUCCCGACAGAAAACGAUAUAAAGAAGGCCUUCAAUGCAGUUUUUAGAGGUUGCGGUACUCAAGCAGAAAUCGUUAUAAUGCUGGACUGUUCAGCUAGCGUAGGAGAGAUCAACUUCAAGGCCCAGAUGUCAUUUGUGCGGGAGUUCGUCUCGCGUCUCGAGAUAGGAGAGGACAGGAUCCGGGUAGGGGUGAUCCCGUUCAGCGACGAGCCUUACCAAGUGAUCCAGUUUGACGGCUAUGAGACGAAAGAGGAACUGGUGGCGGAUAUUGAGAGGAUAAGAUACAAGCGUGGUUUGACAAGAACGGAUCGUGCAAUUAUUUCUAUGAGAAAUAUGUGGGCGAGGUCACGCCCCAAUGUGCCGAAAAUCGGCCUCAUCGUCACAGACGGCCAGUCGUACUACACACAUCUGACACAGAAAGAGGCACAGAAAGCAAAGAUUGAAGAAACUAUCAUCUUUGCCAUAGGUGUAGGCCAUCGUGCUGACAAAAGGGAGCUAGAAGCCAUAGCCUCCAGUCCUGAGCUCAUCUACCACGUUUUUGACUAUUUUGCGUUGGGGAGGAUCAUCAGCGAGAUCAUCAUGAAGACAUGUCUAGAUUCGUGCACACUCUGUCACUUUGCGGUAGCGGACGAGUGCCGGCCACGCCACAGAGGUCUGUAUAAAUCUGAGGCCAUGGAGAUACUGUGGAUGAUCUUCAUACCACCAGAGACUGGACUGCCUAAGCUACGGAAAACAGCCACCAUGAACCCCGUCAUAGGGGACGAAGAGGCCGUGAAAUUGCUCACUAACACAGAAGUAGAUAACAUAGACUUUCGGAACGCGCUGAAAUCUGUAGUAAAGAACAAAAUCCAGCGCGAGGGAGCAGUGUCUCUCCCGUUGCUUGGGAACAACAGCAGCACCAUCAAACGGGAGUACACAAAACUAGACGACGCUGUUCAGCACAUCGGUGAACUACUGAAAGAUAAACAAGAAGACAAAGUCAUCGACCUUGUAUUCGGAAAAGACACAGAAACCACGGAGAAAAUGACGUCACAGAUCAGAAAAAGUAAUGGAAUAGUUGAAGAUGUGGAGAAACUACGCAAAUCUCUCGAGGAAUCGCCCACCAUUUCAUCAGAUCUAAAACCUGAAGACGAUGAAACUAAAAACGAGGCUGCACGUGCUACGGAUGAUUCCGACUCGGGGACGGAACUGCUCGAAGUGUACAAACGCGCUUUGAAUGAAUCGGGGGAUCCGAUAGGAACGCGUUCAGCGGAACCACGUGAAACGGAUGCUCACUAUGUUCUUGUCACGGAGCCGACCAGCCGCGCCAAAAGUGCUCUAAGGCGCGCCCCUGUGACAAGAGAACCGCCUGUCCGACCAGACAGCCCUAAGGAUACUAAACCUAAGCCAUCGGAGGAACCGAAAAAAGAUGACGUGAAAGCCGAGCAAACUCUGAGCUACAGACGGAGUCUCCUAGCCUCAGUACCAGACGAUGAUGAUAAGCCGAGACCACGUGACCCCAUUGAUAAGAACAAGUCACGUGGUCGCACGAAAAUUGACUACAGUUAUGAUUACACGCUGUUUAAGUUGAAAGAGGCACAGAAAAGGGAAAAGGAUAAACCAGGAAAGAAGGCAGACGACAUUGAAAUCCCAAUAGAAGAUUACUAA